GGAGAGAGGAGGAGACAGUGAAAGACUGUAGCUCCAGAGAGUUGUGUAAACGUUGCCUAGGAAACAGGGUCUAUCCAAUUUAGCGAAAUUUUUACCAGCGAGUAAUUUUGAAACAUCAUGGCCGAUGAAGAAGACGGGGGAGAUUUGGAAGACGAUUUAUCUCCUCCUCUGUCGCAAGAGGAAGAAGAGAUAGAGGAAUGGGAGGAGGAAGAGGGCGAGAGGAGUGACGCCCACUCUCUGCAGAAAGAAGAUUUCUUUGGCUGUUACCUCUUGGUGUCGCAGAACCCCCAGUUCAAGGGUCGGACGUACAUAGGCUACACGGUGAACCCCAAGAGGAGGAUCAGACAGCACAAUUCAGGGAGGCAGAAGGGUGGAGCAAAGAGGACCAGCGGACGAGGUCCUUGGGAGAUGGUGCUGAUUCUGCACGGGUUUCCAAACGAUGUGUCUGCACUGCGAACAAGUGACGUGUGUGUGACUGCAACCAUCUCGCCCAGUCUGCUCCACUGCUACCAUGGUGAUUGUUCUCUGUCAGCUCACGCCACCUGCCUGGCCGAGCGGCUGUGCCCCUCCCCCCAUUUGAUGCCGACCACUGGCCCCUGCCCUGCCUGCCGGAAGGAGCUACUGUGGGGUGAGAUGGUACGGAGAUGGAGGAGGAGGAGCAAGACUGAUCAGAUGACCUCACAAUCAUAGCAUUAUCAUCACUCAGUCUACAUUAAUCUGCCCCUGUCAUUAUGACAUUCUCCAUUGAUCCUGAGCGUCAUGAUUUUCUUAACACCAUAAGUCCUGCAAGCAGCCAAGCACUUCUCGCAGGCUGAUUGCAUAAUGGAGUCUUGAAGAAGACAUGAGGCCUUAGCUGGAAGAGAAAUACAGCUUUGUUCUUUGCAGAGUUAAACCAGGAAUAGUAGUUCAUGAUCAACUGCUACUGGCACCUUUGAGGAAGAGCCACUUGCCUCUUCAGCUCUAUCCAAAGCAGCAAACCAUAUAAUGAUGCUGCUAGCACUUGAGUUGAUGGGAAGAUAUGACAUAAUAAGAUGUAGGGCUAAAUGAGUUCAUAAUGUAUUGAUUUUCCAGCCUGUUAUUUCUGGCACCUAAAGUUAACUCCUUAGAGGACUUUUCUUUUGGCCUGUGUAAUACUUUGGCUGUGUGAUGCAUUGUAGAUCUACUGGUUGGCUGAAAUUUCCUUUGUGCAUUAUCAUCAAAAGAAGUCCAUCAUUAGAAAAUCACGUGUAAGAGUGGGAAAUGAUUGUCCCAAUUAUUACUAACUAUUGAUUGUUAAGUCUUCGCCCACGGCUCAGCAGGUCCCGGAACCGUAGCUCCAGUCGCCAGACUUGCAGACGUAGACGUAUGGCCCACUCUGGGACCCCUCCAGGCAGUUGGGACCUUCGUUGCACCAGCCACAGUCUGCAUCCGCCACACACUCACUGCAGUCGGUACGCUUGCUCCCCGUGUUGCAUUUGGAGCAGGUGGCCUGGCAGUUGGCUGGGACGUCGGUGGGAAGCGGGCACGACCACGGGUUGUUGUAUAAUUCACAGGAGAACCCCUUAAUUCGGUCGUAUAACGGCUCCAGCCCCGGCUCUAGUUUGUAGAGCUUGUUGUAGCAGAGGGAAAACCCCACGAUCCCUGUGAGUCCUGCGUAAGAGGAAGGGACAGUCCCUGUUAUGGCGUUUGAGCUAAGAUCCAUGAUCUCCAGUUUGGCUAGACUCCCGAUGGAUUCAGGGAGGGUGCCUGUGAGGUUGUUGCGGGAGAGAUAGAAGGUUGCUAGCUCCGUGAGACUGCCUAUGCAAUAGGGGAUGGAGCCAGUCAGUUGGUUGUCCGACAUUUCGAAAGUCUGGACACUGCUCAUGUCGCAGAGGCAGGUGGGGAGUUGGCCGGAGAGCCUGUUUCCAAACAGACGGAGGUCCUGCAGUUGGUGUAGACUGCAGAGGCCAGUGUCGAACUCUCCCGUGAGGUCGCCGUCAAUCAUGACCAGGUGAACAAGAUUAGUCCACACUUGCCCGAUGUACGAGGGGAGCUCUCCGCUCACUCCGCUCAGCUGCACGUCAGUCAGGGAGACGAGAGAGGACCAACUCUCCGGGAUCUCUGCCUUGUCAAACUGGUUGUUGAACAACCAGAACUGCUGGAGGCCGCUCAGACUCUGCAUGUUUCCCGGGAAGUUCCCGGUAAAGUUGUUGUUGGAUGCGAUGAGUAUUUGGAGCUUUGUGCAACGGGAUAUGUCCGGGAAAUCCCCCAUAAAGAUGUUGCUGCUGAUCUCCAGCGUUUGGAGCAUUGGAGUUUCAGUCAGGUCGGGGAAAGUUCCUUUGAUCUGGUUCUUGUAGAGAAUGAGGUCGGUCAAGUUGGGCAUGAUCACCGAACCCGGAAAGGGACCGGUGAUCUCGUUAUCGUUAACGUCCAGAAUCUGGAGGGAUUUCAUCUGCAGGAUUUCCUGAGGGAGGGGUCCGGUGAGGAAAUUAGAGUAGAAGCGGGCAACUUGGAGCGUGGUGGCCUCGGCUAAUUUCGCUGGCAGGGAGCCGGUCAUGUUGUUGUAGACCAGGUUGAUUUGCAGUAUCCUCCCACCCGCGCAGUAGAGACCGUGCCAUAAGGGGUUGCAGGGGUCCCCCUUCAUCCAGCCAGUGUUAUUGACCCAGGUGGGACCGUUGGUGGCGGUGUAGAGUGCCUCCAUGGCUGCCUUGUCUCCUGAGUCUGUAGUAGUGGGUCGGGAGGCCGGGGAGUGGUAGGAAGGUCGCAGAUUGAGGGCCUUCUCAUCCAGACUUUUGCGUAGUUUCUGAUGCCACUCUGCAGUCACCUUGCUAAAAUACUGUGCACCCCUCUCCUUAGUAGACUGAUUGUUGCUGCCGAGGUUGGGUACUUGCUUGCACUGGCCAUAGCACAGGAAGAGGAGGAAGAGCCCAAUGACACAAAGACUUUUCCCUCCUGCCAUUUUUGCAGAAAAAUGCACGGAUUCCGCCGACCAGCUUUCCAACGAAGAUGCUCCAACACAGCAAGGCAAUGCACGAGGAUGGGACUUGUUGGUCGUCGAAACAGCCCUGCCACUGGAAGUAUAAACGACUUACUAGAGACUAUAUUUGGCCACAAAUCUUUGAAGCGUGGGUGCAGAGCAGCUCUGGAGUAGACUGUAAACAACCACAGGCUCUACAACCAAAGAGUCACAUGUUUAUAUACACCC